UGUCAGACCCAGUGUCUUUCGAAAAACCACUUUUGAACAUCCAAAUUGGCAAACAGCAGCUUCGCAUUUCCACCGGUCGCACAGGCCUGAACUGCCCUUCCCUCCGUCUGCCCACCGAUGUCUAAAUUGAACUGAGUACGCCUUUCCCCAACUAGCAGUCGCCGUUACCGUUUUCCGUAUUCCGGACCCCAUCCCGUCCCAGACACAACCGAAAGCCAUUCCCAGCUGUCGAACAGACAGCCCAAAGACACUCCCACUCCAGCUGGGAGGUUCGUACGUAUGCGGUUCGGUUGGCCAACCGCAAAAUUCUUGCCAAACAAAAUAAAGAAGACAAGGAGGAGAACUAACUUGGGCCAAAGCAAAGCAGAGCCAAGCGGCAACGGAAAUUGUUAACCUUUGGGGAUAUCAAACAUUUACGAUUGCGUGGCAGCGGCAGCAACAUUUAAGUUUUUAUCAGCACAAAAUAAAGUUUUGGUUUACGGAUUGUGUUCCUGUCCGCCGCCCCCAUCCUUUAUUUGGCCCAGAGGCAGCCACAAGUGCCCAGGAGCCGAGGCAGCGGCAAAAUCCAGGAGCAGGAGCAGGAGGUGGAUCAGGGGCUGAAGGCCGAGAACUGAAAACUGAAAGCUAAAGACUCGUCCCUGUUGAUUCCGGGGCACGCAGAACUUUUAUCCUUUUCAAUUUCGCUCUUCUUGGCGAGUACUUUUGAGGGAUUUAAAUUUCUGUUUGCUGCCGGGACAACAGCGAAACAACCGUGGGAGCGGCAACAUCGACUUGCUGGCGACCAGCCGUCAUGAAGGAAAAAAAGAAGAGUCGCAGAGCUUCCUCACCAGAUCCCGAACAAGCAGGACCAUCGAAUGCCGUAAGCAUGGAGGAUAACUAUUCAGACUUGGAGGACCAAUCUCAUGGCGAAGAUGAACAGGAAGUGCCCUUUAUUUUAGUAGACUGCACGGCCUUUACAGUUCGCUCCGACCUGGAGGCAGCCCUGAGCCAAGUGGAAAGGGAGAGGAUGGAGAAGUUGCAGGCAGAUAUUGAAAGCGGGAAUGUACCUCAGCUGGAGGAUGAAGAGCCUCCACCAGAAUUGGACAUGCCCAUUAACUUGAGUUCCCUGGCACUGGCUAAACUGAAAGAUGCCGAGGAUGAGCGCCGGUUCAAGGAGGAUUUGCGGAAUCUUCGAAUUGCUGGGGUUGAAGAAGAGGAGGAGGAAGUCCUCGUCCCCUCCAUCAGCUCGACAAAAUCCAUAUCCGAAAUGAGCCAGAGUGAAAUCAAGAGGCUGCUGAAGACUACCGCCAAUCUGGAGAAGAUCUGCCGCAAGCUGGAGCAGAUCAAGACUAUGCAGGAGGAUAUUAUGGCGGUGGAAUCUGUUUCGGAGGUAACUGCCGCAACUGCAGUUCCCGAACGACCAGGACUUCGCAGGGAGGGAACCUUUGACAUUGAGCGCGAUCGUGACCAAAACGUAGAUCAUCCUGAGAUUCCCAUAGCUCCAGCAGAUAGCCAGACAAAGAAGUAUAUGCCAGAAACUGAGCAGAUCAUCAGCCAGAUAGGCGAUCUCCUUGUGAAGCUGCAGGUUCAGAACGAGGAGCGCGAAGCCUUGGAUGAGGGAUCCUCCUACUCCUACAUGGUGACCAUUAAACCCGCUGGAGGCGCCUCCAAUUGUUCUGUCCACGCAAUUACAAACUUCCAGUCUCGCGGAGCAAGGAGGGUAGUUCCGACCAAUAACCUAAGGGUUUCCCAGGCUUCGUCCAUCAAUAUAUUCUCCCCUGCCAGUGUGGGAGGAACCGAGGCUCCUCAGUUCUCCAUGAGCUCGCGCUGCAUCGACGGAGGCUCCUAUGGCCCGAUGUCCCUUCCCGAAUCCUGCUCAUCGUCGCGGGUCAAGUCACCAUUCUUGCGCAGAAGGCCUGGUUCCUAUCUGAAAGUUCCGGCUCCCGCCAGAUUUUGCCAUGGAAGGAAAAGUCGGGAUUAAAACAUUAUUUCAGUUACCACUAAUUAAAUUCGUUUGGAAGGCUUUCGAA